UGAGUCUCCUCCUCCUCUCUACCACCACCCUUGUUGUUCUCUCUCUCUCUCUCUCUCUCUCUCUCUCAACUGGACGCUCAAAAAUCCUCUAAUAAGGUGGCAUGCGUUUACAAUUUAACUAAACCCCAAAAAAAGGGGAAAAAAACGGAAAUGGCUUCGCCUCUGCCUCUCUUUCUUUCUCUUUCCAAGUAUCAUGAGAUUCUUUUGAAAACCCUAACUAAAUCUUUGCAGCAUUUUCGGUUUUUUCUACUCUUUUCCUUAAACUGACUGGUCUUUCUUUUUUGGGUUUAAUUUAUUGUUGACAUUGCUUGAGAAAGGGAAAGGGGGCGUUCGGUUCGGUUCGGUUUGGGGGAUAUUUAAUCAUUAAUAAUGAGAAUGGAGGGGGAGGAACCAGCAACAGCAGAUGGAGGAGGGCAGAUAAAAAGGGCGUUAAUAAAUGCAACAGCAGGUGCUAUUGCUGGUGGCAUUUCACGUACUGUUACAUCUCCUCUUGAUGUCAUCAAGAUCAGAUUCCAGGUUCAACUGGAGCCAACGUCUUUGUGGGCUUUGGUUCGCAGUAAUGUGACUGCACCAUCAAAGUACACUGGAAUGUUGCAGGCAACGAAGGAUAUAUUUAGAGAGGAAGGUUUACCGGGUUUUUGGCGUGGAAAUGUCCCAGCUUUACUUAUGGUUAUGCCAUACACUGCCAUACAAUUUGCGGUGUUGCACAAAUUGAAAACAUUUGCUGCCGGUUCUUCUAAGACAGAGGAUCAUAUUCAGUUGAGUCCUUACCUCUCCUAUGCUAGUGGAGCAUUAGCAGGGUGUGCAGCUACAGUUGGGUCAUACCCAUUUGAUCUUCUAAGAACCAUACUAGCUUCACAGGGUGAACCUAAGGUGUAUCCAACAAUGAGGUCAGCAUUUGUUGAUAUUGUCAGAACUCGUGGCUUCAGAGGCUUAUAUGCUGGAUUUUCCCCAACACUGGUUGAGAUUGUUCCUUAUGCUGGCCUUCAGUUUGGCACCUAUGAUACAUUUAAGCGCUGGACCAUGGCCUGGAACCAUCAUAUAUCGUCUACCACAAGCUCCAUAAGCACAGAUGAUAACCUUUCAAGCUUUCAGCUUUUUAUCUGCGGGUUAGCAGCUGGCACAUGUGCCAAACUUGUCUGUCAUCCUCUUGAUGUGGUCAAGAAAAGGUUUCAGAUUGAAGGACUACAGAGGCACCCAAAGUAUGGUGGUCGAGUUGAGCAUCAUGCUUACAGAAACAUGUUUGAUGCUCUUCACCGAAUUUUGCAGAUGGAGGGCUGGGCUGGUCUUUAUAAAGGCAUCGUCCCAUCAACUGUCAAGGCUGCACCAGCUGGUGCUGUAACAUUUGUGGCAUAUGAAUUCACAUCAGACUGGCUAGAGUCUAUUUUGACUUGAAUCUAACAAAAUAUUUUUUCUGUUCUUUUCUUA